CUAAAAGGACCCGCGCGCCCGCCCGAGUAAUUGGCGUCUAGAAUUAUCUGCGCACUGUGGAGAGGCAGGAAUCAAGUUCAGUGGGAGCCGAGUUGGGGCUAUUUUGCCUUCGAUCCUGCUCUGUCUCCGAGUUCUGAUCAUACAAAAUUCUUGCUAUCAGCGAUUGUCGAUUUCUUCGAGUGGAUUCUAAUUGAGGGUCGCCUCUCAUAAUUUCUUCCUGCGAGGGAACCGGAAACUUCCCACUUCGUUCGCCCAGAAUCCUUAGAUAUAAUAUAGACUUGGAAUAGUAAUGUUGGGAAAUGUUGAAGUGUAAAAGAAGGAAUCAAAGGCAGAGGAAAAAACGAAAGUUGAAGGAUGGAAAGGGAAAUUCUGCUAUGGAUUGGGCAGGGCUUCCUCGUGAUAUUCUUGUCAUGAUCUUUGAGAAGUUAUCUCUUGUGGAUUGCAUGUCAGUCGAUAGUGUUUGUAAGCAGUGGAGCAAUAUCCUUGCUGAACUUCCAAAUUGGAAGAGGGGUGGAUUUCCAUGGCUUUUGAUGUCAGGUCAAAAAGAUAGAGAGAUGAGAACAUGUGCUAGCGUGCUAGACAAUCAAAGCUGGGAAAUGGAGCUUCUUGAGGCGUACGGAGCUUACGUUUGGGGAUCUUUUCAGGACUGGCUAAUACUGGUGAAGGAUCUUGGCUGUUAUUCUCUUGAAGUCAGUUUGUUGAACCCCUUCUCUACAAAGAGGAUUAACCUGCCAAAUCUUUGGAACUUCUAUCACAAGAUGGCUCUUUCAGGGUCUCCCGCUGAGGAAAACACAAUUUUUGCAGCCAUUCAUAGUCAGAAUCGUGAAAUUGCCUUCUGGAUUCAAGGCUCGAAAGUAUGGCACAAGUACAGACUCGAAGGAACGCCUUUCGAAGAUGCUGUCUUCUGUAGUGGAAGUCUUUUUCUUCUCUGCAAUGAUGGUAACAUUUUCCAGUUUGAUGCAACAAGCAUCGUUUCCAAUAUUAGAGAAGAUGAAAAUGCUACAUCUAUUUCUGAGAUCAAAAUACAGUUCCAUGAAGUUAGAAGCCUGGAAAUUAACAGUCAACAUGUGCUGAAGUAUCUUGUGGAUUCCUCAGGGGAGGUUUUGCUGGUCUGUAGGUAUUACAGCGAGAAACCUGAUGCUAUACGUGAAACAAUAAAUUUUGAAAUAUAUUCACUCGAUCUUGGUCAGAUGUCAUGGGAAAAGGUCGAUUAUCUUGACGAUCGGAUUGUGUUUUUGGGUAAAUGUUGUUCUAGAUCUCUUUCUUCAUCUGAACUUGGGAUUGGUAUCAGUAACCGUAUAUAUUUCUCCAAUGAUGAUGUUGCUCCUUGGUGGAAUGAAUGGGAUUCUAAUCAUUUGAAAGGAUUAUCUUCUUUCUUUGGACUCGACAACUCCUCACGAAAAGACUGGGGAACCUUCCUCAUCGACAGAGACAUGAAUGGAAAUUUUUGUUUCCGUGGUAACCGCGACAAUUGGGCACCCACCUGGUUCACAGCACCUCUAUGGUGGUAUAGCAAGAACAUUGCUAGACAGACAAAUCGAUAUCGACAUCGACAUAAUUUGUGAUCGACAUCCAAACUAGUUAGUACGUAGUACUGGUUUUUGAGAUGGUUGGCAAUGAAAGAAGCUGAAGUUUUUUUUUUUGGUAGUGUCAAGUGAUUAAGAAUGUACACGCCUUACAUGUAAAUUGUUGAAAAGCUUCAAGAACAGCGUUUAGAACUGUGUAGGAUUAGUGGUUGUUUUUUGUAUAUGCUUUUUAUUUUGUUUAUAUACAUAUAUCUUUAUAUAUGAAAUGCUGAGGGCGAUGUUUGCUUAGUGUUGAAA